CGAUCUUGCAAAUAUAGCUAUCACAAGCCCCAUCUGAGGGUAAACAGCAUGGAGAUGAAUGUCCUACCUGAACACCAGUCCAGCAAUGGAAACAUGAUCUACAGCUAUCAUGCAACAGAAAAUCCAUGCUGCCCCCAGAAGAAUGAUCUGGGUAGCAAGAGUGGAAAGAUUACUUGCCCCUUACCAGAAGAUAUUGAGCUUGUUCAAAAGAAAGCUUUAAUAGAUACUUUCCCGGUGAUUGUGAAGAUCCUGGAAGAAGUUCAGUUCAUAGCAAUGCGCUUCAGGAAACAAGACGAGGGUGAAGAGAUCUGCAGUGAGUGGAAGUUUGCAGCGGCUGUCAUAGACAGAUUAUGCCUGGUUGCAUUUACCCUUUUUGCCAUCAUUUGCACAUUUACAGUACUCAUGUCUGCUCCAAAUUUUAUAGAAGCUGUUUCAAAGGAUUUUGUAUAAAGUUUUCAAAGAUGAGCAUGAUAACUUAAAAGUGAAUAUUGUCAGUAAUUUUGAUAGAUAAUUUAACUCAAACAGAGAAGUGUACUUAUAUGUACUAAUAUGCACAGAAGGGGAUGAAAAUAAUUUCAGGAGGUAAUUAUUCCUGAUUUUAGUGACUGUAGUUACUGAAUAGUAAACUUAUUGAGCUCUGCUACU